GUUGGCCACUUGCCUAUGGUGUGUUCUUGGAGUAUUUCAAGUCGCAUAACACGUUCCCAGGGGUAAACGAGUCAGUAUUAGGUCUUCUCGGUGCCACUCAAGCAAGUAUGCUUCCGAUAGGGUCGUUCUUUUUUGGGAAGCUGGAAGACCAAUAUGGCUACAGGCGCUUCAUCAUUCUUGGAUCUGUCCUCCACGUGUUAUCGGUAUUCCUUUCUGCUUGGUCUACAAAAAUUUGGCACUUCUUCAUAACGCAGGGACUCAUGCUCGGAAUGAGCAACGGCAUCUUGUUUCCGAUAUUGUGCGCACUGCCAGCUCAGUGGUUCAGGCGCCGCAAAGCAUUUGCCACAGGCAUUGUCAUUGCUGGCAGUUCAUUCGGUGGCGGGAUGAAUGCACUGAUUAUCCGCGCCUUGCUUUCACACAUGAGUCUGCGCGGUGUAUAUCUUGUGCAAUCCGGCGUGGAAGUUGUCAUUCUUGGAAUUUCCUUUGUGUUGAUGAAGGAGCGAGAGUAUCCUCAACGGGCGGAAGCCGAGGCACCAUUUAAUGUCGAGAAGCAGCAAAUAUCUCCCGACGCGAAAAUCGAAGGUUCCGAGGAUGUCGAAAGCCCAUCAGUCGAAAGAGUGCAACCUGAGGUCCUGCCGCGCACGAAAUGGCUCAACUCCAGUUUGUUUCGCGAUUCGGUUUUCUGGAGUCUAGAAAUUUCUUUGACGAUUGCAGUUUUUGGCCACCUAGUACCCUUCUUAUUCCUGCCACUUUUUAUUCGCUCGAAGCUUCCUGGAAUUAGUUCCAGUCUUUGCACGCUCCCGAUAACGAUUGCAAACAUUUCGGCGUUCAUCGGUAGAAUCAUUGUCGGUCUCACUGCCGACAAUUUCGGCCCAGCAAAUACGCUCUUCAUCUCCCUCUUUAUCUCCGGUAUCACCCAGGUCAUCAUUUGGAAUCUGAUUGGCAAUUUCGGAGCAAAUGAGUCGAGCACCUAUGGCAUGAUCAUGUUCUUCGCGAUUCUAUACGGAUUCUGGGGAGGUUGUUUUGUUAGCCUGCUUACCCCUGUUGGUGCGCAACUCUUCGGAUCAGAUCAGCCUGCGAAUCUUUCUGGCUUAUUGGUGAUUUCGGGAUUUCCUGGCUACUUUGCUGGCCCGACUCUAGCUGGCACCAUUUUGAGCUGCUCCAAUCAAAAUUGGCACAUAGUUUCAUUGUACGCUGGAGGUGUUCAGAUAUGUGGAGCUGUGAUCUUCCUUUGGGCCCGAUUCAAGCGAAUGCCCCGCAUUUUUGUCCGCUUCUAAUCGGACACACCAACUGGCACACGAAGAUAGACGGGGGAAACAGUUAAAUUGAAUAUCUGAUCAUCCAUUGAUGACGAUUCAAUUAUCCAACCCCUUCUAGAAUCACAGUACAUACUGUGAUGACCGUUCAAAUGUAGACUCAUUCCAAAUGUAAAAUGGCCCAUGUUACUAGAAGAUGUAAAAAUUCCAGCACCCAAACAUGAUUCCAAAAAGUGCUAU